AUGGCAUCUGCCAACACCCAGGCCACAUCACCGAUCAUAAAUCCCCGAGAUCACCUAACCACCCUAUUCAACUUUAUACCACAAACUUCUCAAAGCUAUGUGCCACCUUUUGUAGGCCAUUCAAGCCAUAACACAGAUACAAUGAUUCUCUUUCCCCGAUUCCACCUCUUUGAGUUCAUAGACCAGCCAUGGUGCCCACACUGGUUCCGGGGGUAUGCUCAAACCUUCCUCCUAGGCCUGUGGGAUCUCCACAUCCCAGGCCUCACAUUUCAUACGCCUGCCACCUCCGUCAGCGAGAUCAUCAUCCAGAAUUUUCCAAAUGCGUGUAAUUUUACAUUUGUCGACCUCUGUGCCGGCGCCGGGGGUCCCACGCCAAUAAUCGAACGGCUCCUCAAUACCACCCUCGCAGAACAGGGCAAAGACACCGCGCAGUUUGUCUUGACGGACCUGUACCCUUCUCUUCAACAAUGGAGGGCAAUCACGGAGAAUAGCACCAGCAUCACAUUCCUAGAGACACCACUCGAUGCACGAGAUUGCAAACGCAUUUCACCUGAUCCUAGGCAGAAAGAGUGUCGGAUGUUCAAUGCCUCUUUCCACCAUUUCGAUGAUGAGAGUGCUAUUGGUGUCCUGAAAAGUGUGAUUAGCGAAGCAGAUGCAUUUGUCAUACAAGAGGGCGCCCAACGCGACCUCAGCUCCCUCUUCUCCUGCACCCUAGGAGCCCUCAUCUACCCGUUCAUAUUCACCCUUGCAACACCAACAUAUAGACGCUCCCCAGUCCAUCUCCUUUUCACGUAUAUGCUCCCGCUGAUCCCGCUCAUGAUGUUUGUUGACGCACUCGUCUCAACUAUCCGCACCCGCACAACUAAGGAACUAGAAAAACUGGUUGAACAAACUGGUCUUGACCUUGCCAAAUGGGAGUUUCGGAGCGGGCAGACCCUGUGCAUAAGGCCUCUUCUUUGGACUCAUUGGUUUAUUGGGGUUAGGAAGGGCCCAGCUUUAGAUUGGAAGUGA